AUGGCCUUCCGUUUGUUGAUGAGGAUAAAUCCCCGUGCCUUGAUUAUUCUCUCUCUUUUGGUCUUCAGUGGUGUUCUAUAUGUGGGAGCCAGUACAUCACCAAUUGUGGUCUUUGUGUUCUGUAUAUGUACUCUCAGUCUAUUCUUCUCUCUCUACCUUACAAAGUGGGUUCUUGCUAAGGACGAAGGACCUCCAGAAAUGUCCGAGAUAUCUGACGCCAUAAGAGAUGGUGCUGAAGGGUUUUUUAGGACACAAUAUGGAACUAUUUCUAAAAUGGCACUUAUUCUUGCCUUUGUCAUCCUUGGCAUUUAUCUCUUUCGCACUACCACCCCACAGCAGGAGGCAUCUGGCUUGGGAAGGGCAACAUUAGCCUAUAUUACAGUUGCUUCUUUUCUCCUUGGAGCAUUAUGUUCUGGAAUAGCUGGCUUUGUUGGAAUGUGGGUGUCUGUACGUGCAAAUGUACGAGUUUCAAGUGCUGCUCGGCGCUCUGCAAGAGAAGCAUUGCAGAUUGCUGUCCGUGCUGGUGGUUUCUCAGCCAUUGUGGUUGUUUGCAUGGCUGUAUUUGGCGUGGCAAUACUGUACUCAACAUUUUAUGUUUGGCUUGGAGUAGAUUCACCUGGGUCAAUGAAGGUUACGGACUUGCCUCUUCUCCUUGUGGGAUAUGGUUUUGGUGCCUCUUUUGUUGCCCUUUUUGCUCAGUUGGGUGGUGGAAUAUUCACUAAAGCUGCUGAUGUUGGAGCUGAUCUGGUUGGAAAAGUUGAGCAGGGAAUACCAGAAGAUGAUCCUCGUAACCCAGCUGUCAUCGCUGACUUGGUUGGUGACAAUGUUGGAGAUUGUGCUGCCCGAGGCGCUGAUCUUUUUGAGAGCAUAGCAGCAGAAAUUAUCAGUGCAAUGAUACUUGGAGGAACAAUGGCACAACGCUGUAAAAUUGAGGAUCCCUCUGGCUUUAUUUUGUUUCCUCUUGUUGUCCAUUCAUUUGAUUUGGUGGUGUCAUCAGUUGGAAUUCUCUCAAUCAGAGGAACACGUGACUCUGGACUCAUUUCCCCUAUCGAAGAUCCCAUGGCAAUUAUGCAAAAAGGCUACUCUAUUACUAUUAUGCUUGCUGUUCUUACGUUUGGAGCGUCUACUCGUUGGCUCCUGUACACGGAACAAGCACCUUCUGCAUGGCUGAAUUUUGCAUUGUGUGGCUUGGUGGGGAUCAUCACAGCAUAUGCUUUUGUUUGGAUUUCGAAGUAUUACACGGAUUAUAAACACGAGCCAGUCCGCCUUUUAGCUCUUUCAAGUUCUACAGGACAUGGAACUAACAUUAUUGCUGGAGUAAGUUUGGGAAUGGAAUCAACAGCCCUACCAGUUCUAGUGAUAAGUGUUGCCAUUAUAUCAGCCUAUUGGCUGGGGCAGACCUCUGGCUUGGUGGACGAGUCUGGCAACCCAGCUGGUGGUCUUUUUGGGACAGCUGUAGCAACAAUGGGAAUGCUUAGCACAGCAGGGUAUGUUCUCACCAUGGACAUGUUUGGUCCUAUAGCUGACAACGCUGGUGGUAUUGUUGAGAUGAGCCAGCAGCCUGAAAGUGUGAGAGAAAUCACAGAUGUUCUAGAUGCUGUGGGCAACACAACUAAAGCUACUACGAAAGGAUUUGCCAUAGGGUCAGCAGGACUGGCUUCCUUCCUCCUGUUUAGUGCAUAUAUGGAUGAAGUAGCUUCUUUUGCUCAAUUGCCAUUCAAGGAGGUUGACAUAGCAGUCCCAGAGAUUUUUGUUGGUGGUUUGUUAGGCUCAAUGCUUAUAUUCCUGUUCAGUGCAUGGGCUUGCUCAGCAGUUGGUAAAACUGCACAGGAAGUUGUUAAUGAGGUCAGGAGACAAUUUAUCGAGAGGCCUGGUAUUAUGGACUACAAAGAGAAGCCUGAUUAUGGACGCUGUGUUGCAAUUGUGGCAUCUGCAUCCUUGAGAGAAAUGAUAAAACCUGGGGCUUUAGCAAUUAUAUCACCCAUGGCUGUUGGCGUUGUCUUCCGGAUUUUGGGCCACUCCACUGGUCGGCCACUUCUUGGAGCUAAAGUUGUAGCGUCGCUGCUUAUGUUUGCGACAGUUGCUGGGAUUCUCAUGGCACUCUUCAUGAACACUGCUGGUGGCGCCUGGGAUAAUGCAAAGAAGUACAUUGAGACUGGCGCUCUUGGUGGCAAAGGCAGCGAGGCCCACAAGGCUGCAGUUACUGGUGACACGGUUGGAGACCCAUUCAAAGACACCGCGGGUCCAUCGCUGCACGUUCUUAUCAAGAUGCUUGCCACAAUCACAUUGGUCAUGGCUCCGAUAUUCUUGUGA